GCGCUCAGUGGCAAUUCAACACUUGGCGAGCUCACUACAACGAACCUCUUCAAAGGUACUUUGCAAAGAAUUCCCUCGGAGUGUAAUUAGCAGGCGGCGGCUGUGAAUCCAAAGACUAUGAAGUGCUUUGCUUUGUUCUCCCUACUGGCCUUUGUGCUAGCUGUGGCGCUGGUGGGACGCACUGAGGCCAGCUUUUGUCCCUGCGAUCUGUCCAAAAAGGAGCAGGUGUGCGGCAGCAAUGGCGUGACUUAUAAGAAUCGCUGCGAGUUCGAGUGUACGCAGCGGGAUUAUAGAAAGUUGGGACGGAAACUAGAUGUGCAGAAGAUUGGACCGUGCUAAGUGGAAUUCUUCGUUCCGGUGCCGAAUUUUAUGCUAAAGCUGAGAUUUCAUUUACUUCGUAGUUAGUUACCAUUUGCUGUGAGAAUCUGUUAUGUUUUUCUAUAUACAUACAUACAUAAAUGCGGUAUGUGAAUAAAUUGGUGUUUGCAUUACACUCAAUGGCAAAAUCA